AAAACCGACAUUUUUUUCUGCAUAGUUCUUAAUUCUGCCAGAAUCAGCAAAAAUAUCAGUAUACAUGCGUCUAAUAAUCUUAAACGUUUUCGUUAGUUUUUGAUUACUACUUGCGUUAAUUUGUAUUUCGUCCUCCUGUGUAAUGUUCCAUUUUAAUAAGCAGAUAUAUGUAGGAAAGAAUAAAGCUCAUCAGAGAGAAAGACAUCAGAUGAAGAUAAUUUUCUUGCUCCUCAAGAUCAGGAUCACAGAUCAAGACAAACCAAUAAAAUUCCCAAGAUAAACGAUCAAACUCGUAAGAUUCAUACUUUAGAAGAUUAAGAUCAAGCUUAAGAUAUAUAAAAUAUCCUUGAGCGAGUUCAAUAUCAUGAUCAAACCGAUCAAAGGCUAAAGUCGAAUAUCAAAGAUAAGAUAUUAUGUGUGAUCUUGAUCUGGUGUCUGAGAUAGUAAUCUUGUCGAUCUAUAAUAAUGCGCGCCUGAUUCCCAUAAAUACUCGAACAUUAUCCUUAUUCAUUGGGCAUAAUAUUGGAUAUGUCCGCAUAGAAUUGAAAUGGGAUAUCGAGUAAUAUUGAUUUCACGAAUUCUCGGAACAGCAAAAUAUAACAAGUGCAUAUUCUUUAUCAUUAACAUGGACAUCAUAUUCGUCACAAUGGCUGGAAUAUUAAUAGCAGUAGCGGGACUCGCCUUAAUCUAUGCAACAGUUAGAAUUGAGAUAUACCUUGAACUUGAUUCUGGGGUAAGGAAGGAGGCGAAAUCUAUUAACAAAGGGGCCGCUGGGUUACUCUGCCUUUUGGAUGCAAUUUUAUUUUUCGUGACUGCCUGCGUUGUGUCAUGUCAGCGCCAAGAUAAGCCUGCACCACAAACUGUAUUUGUUACGCAACAGCAAUAUGUUCCUCCCAACAUGGCACAAUUCCAAGCCCCACCCCCAAAUCCGAAACCACACCAAAACCCAACUCCAACAAAAUAUCCCGUUCAACCGCAGGAAAUCCAAUACUCUUCUCAGAACCCGUACCAACCUCCGGCUCAAUACCAACCCUCAAAUGUACGAUUUCAAACCCGGCAGCCCAGCAACACUGGAUCCAACUUGGAAAAUGAAUACCAUCCGCAAGCAAAUAUUCCCUUCAACCAUGGGAACCAGGCAGCACCUUCGAAUUAUGCUGAAACUGCUACAAAUGAUUAUUACGUUCCACCACAGGACUAUGAAUAAUUUUUAUUGAAAUCCAUAAUAAAUAAAGAUUAGUUUUGAAAACGGUGAUUCAUAAGGAGUCCUAAUUAAGGACGACUUUCGGUUUUCAGUAAAGUACUAAUGUAAUUAAAACAUAUUGGAACAAUUAAAAUGAAAUAGAAAUAUGCAUAUUCUUAAAUAAACUUGAAAUAAAAAACAGCUCUAGGAAA